GCAAUCUGUGGUGAGAAGUAGCAGUGGGCAGCUAUAAGAAAGCCAUGGAGCAGAUUAAUAAUAUUCAGGUCGUUCCGUGCACCAACUCUGAUUAUCUGAGACCGUUUAGGGUGCAUUAUAACCAGAUGGCAAAGGCUUUGAAGAAGGUACCAGUGUGAGAGAAAUGUAUUAAAGCAUCACCAUGAAUGGAACAAAGAAGUCCUGGGACUUUAUGCAAACCCAUGAUAGUGUCUCUGUGCUGAUUUUCAACACCACCUCACACUGUUUCAUCCUGGUCAAGCAGUUCCGCCCAGCUGUAUACAUGAGUGAAUGGGAGCGGAGCAAACCUAAGCCCCUGCAGCUGGCCGAGGAAGGGCCUUCAGAAGCUACAUCUCCAGAACCCAGAGUCCCAGAAGAGGGCCAAGUUGGUGAGACUAGCAAAGAGACGUCAAGCAACCCUCACCAGCCUCCAGCUUCGGCAGGGGUGACCUAUGAGCUGUGUGCAGGCUUGGUGGACAAACCCGACCUCUCUCUGGAGGAGAUCGCCAGGCAGGAAGUACUGGAAGAGUGCGGCUAUGAUGUGCCAGUCACCAAGCUGAGAAGGAUCACAUCUUACAGGUCGGGAGUUGGAGUCACUGGAUCCAAGCAGACCAUGUUCUACGCGGAGGUGUCCGAUGAGAAUCGCAUUGGAGAGGGCGGGGGUAAACCUCAAGAGGGUGAAUUGAUUGAGGUGGUCAAAGUUCCCCUACAUGAAGCAAUGACCUUCGCUUUUGAUGAGAGCAUCCCGAAAACGAUGGGCGUCAUUUUCAGCUUUAUGUGGUUCCACAGCAACAUGUCGCCAAAGUACAAGAUCUCCACCAAUGUGUAAUUUAAAAGUUCCAAGCCAUUAUUCGAAAUACCAGUUAUUACAUACAGUAAAUUUUUUAUAUAUAUUGUAUUCAAAAUGGUCACUAACAGUGUUGACUUUUUCAGUUGUUUCUGACACUUUUAUCUGUUUGUUGUGGUUAUAGCUAUUGUCUUAUUUCAAAUUCUGAUGUAAGAAGCACUUGUGUGCUAUCUGCUUUCUAUGGGAGCUGAGACAUCCCAAUAGGUUGCCAUAGAACUAAAGAGGUCCAUUGUGAGUUUGUUUGGUGUAACUGAAUUCUUUGUUUUUACCAUGUGAGGAAUUUCAACCAGCCAUCUUUUUGAAAGCACACUGUGGCCCUUUAAGACUUUGUGACAGUGAUCAUUUCCUCUCAAACUUGAGAGGGCAAGAUUUGAAAAGUCCACGUUGAUACAGUACCAUCUCACUUCGGGAGGAUUAAAGAAAGAUCAUUUUUAAAGCUGUACGCUGUGGCCAAAAAGUGAGACCACUUGUCAUUUUCCCACCAGUUUUGCAGACAGAAUAAUAUUUUGAAAAAUAAAAAGUAAAACAAUAUUAACUAGUCACAAUAAUUAAUGUGAUUAUAUGUGGACAAUACACAGGCAGCUACCCAACUGAGAAAACUUGAUAGUCACUACUGUAAACAAUCAUUAAGUCAUUUCUUUUCCAAGCAAAGAAUAAAUAAACAAGCUGUUGCAUUUUUCUCAGGUCCAAAGCUGACUUUGGGACAUUCAGGGUUAGUGACAAUUGUAACGGGUACUUGCCUAAUGGACCAGGAAAAAAUACCAGAAGACUAUAAGGCACGAGGAAAGAGGUAGCAGGUUUGCUGAGCAAUAACAGACACACACAGGAUUUAUAUGUGAAGGGUGAAAUUAAUUUUUACUGAAAGUAUUUUAGGUAUUAAUUCUGAAUUUAGAUGUAAGAAAAUAAAUUUAAUGAAAUAUAAAAUGACAUACAUUAACAAAGACAAUAAUACAAAAUGAAACCUCAAUUAUUUACCCUGGGUGCACCUGUUACAUUUCUCUCUGUAUAUACCGAUAUAUUCACAAUUUGAAUGGUAAAUCUCAAAUAAAAGAGAAUAAAUCUCUUAAAAGAUCUUCACAUGUGUUCAAAUGAAUUAAUCCUUCUCAUUCAAUUGUUUUAUGUGAUCACAAACAAUCAGUGAUUCAAGUUCACAUCGAAUAAGAUACUGAUCAGUUUUCUUUUCUCUUGAAUUUGAAACCAGAGAUAUUUCAGUCAAACUAUAGAAAAAGGAAAGUCAGUCUCUGUGAUGGAAGUUUCUUUCUUUGGGAAAGAAGAGUGGUCAGAAGGGUAAGUAAGGGAAGAUACUGUCAUUUUCUUUAGGUUCGUUGUUUCUCUUUUUGUUUAUAGCGUCAUAUUCGAGACGCUCGCCAUCAAAUAGGAAAAUCCAGCUCAAGAAAAAAAAAACUGGCCUCUGUAUUCACUUUGCUUUUCUUUUAUACAGGCACACACGACCAACAAUGGCGUCAAUGAGCAAGUCAAAAUAUAAAUUCAGCAGUGUCCAACGACAAGAUUAACACUGGAUCAUGCGAUUUAACAAAGUUUUGAACAGUUUUGACCUUCUGUUCAGUUUCAGAGGUUUAAAACACUAUAUAUGUUAAAUACUCAAGUUAACAUCAAAGUUUUCUUCAUCCAUCACUCUCUGUGUUUCUAACCUGCAUGUCUCAGUCCACUCUGUUGCCAACAAUGCAAAGCUCUGAUUGGCUAGACAGCUCAUUAACUUAAUUUAAGCCUUGAAUCAACCAAAAUAUAAUUUUGAUGGGUUCUAUAUUUAUGUAUAUACAGUAUGUUAUAAAAUGUGAUAUUGAUAUCAAAGAUAUUAAUUUUAAUAUUUAUAAAUGACCAUUAUUUAACUUGGGUUACACAGUGCUGAAAUUUAUUGAGAUAUUUUUCAUUGUCGCUUAACUUUAAGUUGAUUGUUUUGAGUGUGUGUUUUCCACCGAAUUUAUGAGAUACAUAUUGUACAAUCCUAAAGAGGUAUUAGUACCAUUCUAGUCCUACAAGUCUAAAGCUGCUUUGCCAUAAUCACUAUAAUAACAAUGUUCUGAAAUCUUUCAGAAAGACUUGUAGAAUACAAUACUGUAUAUCAGAAGUGCAUGAGCUUGCCUGUUGAGGUUGAAUAAAACCCUGAAAUUAAUAUUUUCCACCAAAAAAAAAAACUAUAUAGUGUCAGAAUAGUUAGAUUUACUAGUACCUUCUAAAGUCACAAGAAGGAAUCCCUUGAAUCCCAUACUUGAAGAUCAUUUGAUUAAUCUUACAUGAAUAUAAUAAUAUAAUAUACUCUCAAUAUCUUCCUCCAAUAUUUGAGAGGUUGCUUGCAACUUCACUUAUAAACAUUUUAUUAAGAUUGUUGAAUUUUGCUUUUGUUUUCCAUUAACUGAAUACAAAAAAAAUUAAUAAUAAUAAUGUUUUGUAGAAAUCCUCAGCACAACAAAAGCCAGAGUAUAAAAAAGCUUUCUUAAUCAGAUUCUUGCUCUAUUGCUGUUCAGUUCUGAUUCUCUUAUGCACAGAGAUCUUUCACUGGUUUCCUUGUGGGUUUGAUUAUUUAGUGAAGGAUAUUAAUGUUAUCCAAGCUAAUUACACGUUAUUUAGCAUUUGUUAAUACUCAGUCUUUGUUUCUGUCAUGACAAAUGAUCACCACCACUUUAAAUAAAUACAGUAUUGUAACCUGAUUGCAUCUUGUUGUAAAACUAUUCUGUUGUGAUUGAGUGUUAUAACUUAAAUUAUCAAUACACACAGUACUGUGCAAAAGUUUUAGGCACUUGUGAAAAAUGUUGCAUAGUGAGGAUGUCUUCAAAAAUAGUGCCAUAAAUAGUUUUCAUUUAUCAAUUAAUGCCAUACAAAGCCUAGUAAACAUAAAAAAAAAAAAAAAAAAAAGCUCAACCAGUAUUUCGUGUGACAACAUUUGCCUUGAAAACA